CACAAGCCAAGAAAGCCAAGCAUGAAAAGGUUAAAAUUUGCUGGUACAAAUGGCAAAAGGAGAGGAGGAAAAGCCCAAGUUAAAGCAGUAAAUAAUGUGCCCCAAGUAACAAGGCAGUCUGUCUAGUCUAGUACACUUGGGUUAGAGACCGAGACCCGUGUGUGCAAAUUAUUAGAGUGAAAUAGGGACAAUCCCCCAUUCCCCGAUUAUAGAAAAAAAGCCCAAAAAGGUGAGUUGGGGGGGAAAUGUAGGAAUGACCCAUCAUCAGACCAAUGACAUAAUCCAAUACAAGGACUUAUUCUUUGUUGAGAGGGAGAGGAAGAGGAAGACGAGUCCCCACAACUGUCUGUCCCCGCUGCCGGACAAAACUGCCACCGCCAAUAAUGCUUGGGACGUUGCAACCCAGACAAUCCUAUUAACUCACUCUCCCUCUCUCUCUACUUUCUCUUUCUGUCUUUUUGGGUUCCAAUUGCAAAUCCCUCUAACAACUCUGAAUCUCUCAAAACCCCCUCAAAUACAUAUCUUUGAGUAAUUUCCACCUUUCAUUUCUAUCUAACCACAUCCAUGUUUCCCUUUGCAUCACCAUGGUUUUACCUCUGUUAAUUCAGAGUUGUUACUGGUUACAUUAUAUAGUCUCCAUGUGAGAUACCCAGAGCAAUUAAUGUGUUUUUUAAGAGCAGAAUGUGUGUACGGGGGGGUCUCGUUCUGCUGCUUGGAGAUUUCAUUUAUUAAUAUUCUUCCUCUGUUAGCAUCAAUAGGGGAAUGUUGGUAACCGAGAGAGAGAGUGAAAGAGGGGAAGAAUUUAAGGCUUACUUCAACAACUUCUGCACUUCUUUGAUGGAGAAGCUCCAAGGACCCAUUAAUCCUUGUUUCAUAGGGGAGAAUCUGGAUGUGGAGUACGGUUUACAACAAGGACUUCUCAACGCAGAGAGCCUGAAUUUUGAGGAAGAAGAACCACAUUACCCAGAACCAAGCUUAGAAGACAAAAUGCCGUUCCUUCAGAUGCUUCAAAGCGCUGAACACCCACAAUUUGUUCCUCUCAAAGAACCAAACUUUCAGACAUUGUUGAGGCUCCAGCACCUGAAGAAGCCAUGGGAGAUGAACACCUACAUGCCUGCAAUGGAAACCCGGAUGCAAACAGUUGAGCUUGAAAGCUGUAUCACCCAUGACAUUGUGGACUUGCAUUCACCAGUCAAAUCUGAAAAAAAGAAUCUUCAAAACCCGCAUUCUACUACCAGCCAUGAAGGUGUAAGCUCCGAGUCUAUCCAAGAACUACCAAGCUCCGCAGAACCAUGUCUCAGAGAAGGUAACUCAGGCUGUUCCCCUCCGUGGCCUCAACCGCAGACGAAGCCCAGAGUCACCCACGUCUGUAAACCUUCCCCAGUCACAAAAGAAAGAAAGAAGCGAAAGCGAACGAAGCCCACCAAGGACAAAGAAGAAAUAGAGAACCAGCGCAUGACCCACAUUACCGUCGAACGCAACCGCCGUCGCCAAAUGAAUGACCAUCUCAACUCUCUCCGCUCGCUCAUGCCUCCCUCUUACAUUCAAAGGGGUGACCAAGCGUCGAUUAUUGGUGGUGCAAUAGACUUUGUGAAGGAAUUGGAGCAACUUCUACAGUCACUGGAAGCUCAAAAGAGGAUGAGAAAAACAGAACCCACAACCGGCUCAGGCAUUUCAUCAAACGGGUUGUCUGCGUUCCCGCCUCCGCAGAAUUGUCAAACAAUUCCAGAGAAUCCUGGCAGCGAAGGAGCAAAGGAGGAGACCAAAGACACUGCACAAAUUUCGGUCACUGUCAUACAAAGUCAUGUCAACUUAAAGAUUGAAAGCCCAAGGAGACCUGGUCAGUUAUUGAAAGUCAUAGUUGCAUUAGAAGAUCUCCGGCUAACUGUCUUACACCUUAACAUCACUUCCUCACAAUACACCAUAUUUUACUCUUUCAAUCUCAAGAUAGAAGAAGAAUGCAAGCUAAGAUCAGCUGAUGAGAUAGCAGCAGCCGUUCAUCAAAUCUUCAGCUAAGUUAAAAUUAGUUAAUUAUGGAUUUUGGGUGCAGCCCAGUAGCCUGCGAAUGUACCACAGACGAGAGUGCAUGACAGUGUAGAUGAUGUUUACUGCUUUAUCAGAAGAACAAAAAGAGCAUUUUUUUUUAUAACUAGACUAGUUGCCAAGAUGAAUAUGUAAUUCCUCUCCCCUUAUUUUUUUUAUUUGUAUUUUAUUUUUAUUUUGUGUUGUGUGAGUGGGGCAGACCAUGCUCAAGUGUUGUAGGAGUAGUAGCAUCUUAAUAUUAAUAUUAGGGAUAUAUAAAAUUGAGAACAAAAUCUGCGUG